CACGAUUUGCGUGCCCCUCUCGGUGGCAGAGAGUUAAUGCUUCAGGCUUGUUUGCCCCUCAUUAUUGUCGCCAAAACACACGCUAGAAUACGGCAUUACGUAAGCAAACAGUGUCGUUUUACGUUCACAGAUACGACACAUGCGAGUUUGUCAAAAAGCACAACAGACUGUUGAAUGUACUUAGUUGAAGGUAAGCGCGUUUAAAAGCCUCCCAAGAUGGAUCCGGUUGUCCUGAGUUACCAAGACAGCUUGCUGCGACACUCUGAUGUGGCUCUUCUUGAUGGCCCCCACUGGCUGAAUGACCAGAUUAUUGGCUUUACCUUCGAGUACUUUGCCACAGAAAAAUUCAAGCACCUCUCUGAAACUGUCUGCUUCAUCAGUCCAGAAGUCACACAGUUUAUCAAAUGUGCAUCCAGCCAAGAAGAGCUUGCCUUGUUUCUAGAGCCGCUGGGAUUGCCUUAUCGAAACUGGAUUUUCCUGGCAGUAAAUGACAAUAGCAACCAAUCUGCAGGGGGCACACAUUGGAGUUUACUGCUGUUUCGUCGGGACAUCUCUUGUUUUAGUCAUUUUGAUUCGCAUAGCGGCAGUAAUUCUUUGCAUGCCCGCCGCAUUGCAGCAAAACUGGAAGCCUUCCUGGGGACUGGUGGGAAGGGGUCUUUUGUGGAGGAGGUUGCACCCACUCAGCAGAACAGCUAUGACUGUGGGAUGUAUGUAAUCUGCAUUGCUGAGCUGUUGUGUGAGAGCAUAACGACAGGUAGCACACCUCGUUUACUUCUUCAACACAUUACUCCAUCAUAUAUCACACAGAAGAGGACAGAGUGGCAAAGAUUGAUUGAAAAGCUGGCCAAGAAGUGACUACUACAUCUUGUUCUUCCACUGCCUUUAAAGUAUAAACUGGGAAUCAAUGACCUGAUUCAUAAUGAAAACUCGUAGCCUUAAAAAGUUUUUAGAAUAGCAAUGCUAUUUUCUGAACAUUUUUAGAUGAAGAAUCAUAAAAGCAUAAAGCAUGUGCCAUUAUGGUAAAGCUCUUGUAAUGCUGCCUUUAAUGUGGAUGUCUGCUUUAAACAAUUAUCAUCUCGUAACACUGCUGUAUGAUGUAAAGCACUUAGUCCACCUCUAAAAUUGUAGUUCAACCAGCUUUUAAUCUGUAAAUCUUGCUUUUGUGCAUCUCAGCUGAAGAUCUUACGGCAUUGUAAUUUCAGUUGUCAGGCACUACUAAACAAUGAGCCUAAAGUCCAGAUAACAUUUCAGAUGGCAUCUCAGGUUCACUCCUGUUCUGCACUGCAGCAUAAGCAUGUGGGCCGCCGGAAAACGAAUACUCUUCCCCAACAGGAUGUGUGAGGCUGAAUUGGAAAUGCUUACAAAAGGAGCAAAUAAAAGUAUGCUUGAAUGGAAAGCUGCAUGUGCCUUCUGUUUUCUUGAGAUUAGUGUGUAUGCUUUAUUAUCCUGGAUGUAACAGUAACACUGUCUGAACCAACCAGCGUAGAUUUGGGUGUCAAGUUAGAUCCAGUCGAGCUGAAGGCAGACGUAUAAUAUAUAUAUGCCUGGAGUCAACCAUGAGUGAAGUUUGCUUAAAAGUGAGUGGGCUCACUGGUUGUUACAUAUCUAAACCAAUCCAAUGGCUCAUAAGGGUCGGUGCUUUCGAACUCCAAAGAUCAGAGGUGCCCUGCUUUGACAGACAGCAAGUUUUUGAUAAGACAUUUUAAAACCAGACAAACCCUAAUGCAAGGGAAAACCAUUCUGUAGCAUCAGAUUAUAGUUCAUUGGCUUUGGAUGGCAUCAAUAGACGAAUGGUGAACGUGAACGGUUUGUUGUUGCAGGUGCUGUGUGCAUUCUCUGUUGUUCAACAACAACAACAUUUAUUUAUAUAACACAUUUUCAUACAAAAAGUAGCUCAAAGUGCUUUACAUAAUGAAGAAAAGAAAAAUAAAAGACAAAAUAAGAAA